AAUACCACAGCAUCAGUGUUUCAUAAUGUGUGUUAAGCGACUAUUAUGGUUAAUAAACCACCCGUAAGGCCUCUGUACACAUACUCACCAUUGAGUUAUGAUAAUGAGAAAUGUAGACCCCUAAGGUGUAUUUCAAGUAUUGUGCAAAAAGCAAUUAUUUGAAAUUUAAAUGAAGGAAUAUGUAAGCAUUUAUUUCUUUAAUUAAUUAGAAAUAUUGCUGUUACAUAAACCGUAAAUAAAGUUCCCCGUAUUGACAUAUUUGCCGAGCAUGUUGAGUGUUGAUCCGUUGUUUCGAACCAGCUGGGUGUAGCGAAUAAUUAAAAAAAAGUGAUAAUACUCUUUGUACAUUACUCAUAUUUAUUCAAGAUUCUUAAUUAUUUUUGACAUUCCUUGUUGUUUAUGCUACAAAUAAGAGGAAUCUAACAGAAAUUUUGAGCACAAGGUAUCAAAAUAAUAUUCUCCAAGGUUCGAGACAUUAGUGUUCCAGAUCCAUCGGCAGACGUUCCCCGAGCGGGUCAGCUGACAGUCCAUAGCUGAAGCAACAGUAAACGUUUUGUAGCUUUAGAAGGAAGAACUAGUCGAUUUUCUCCAGUGAACUGAUUACUUCAGAACCUCCAGUAUCAGCAGUAGUUGUGAGGUGUUGCUUCACCAUGGGGGAGGACUUACAACCGAUAUAUGUGGACUUGGCUUCAGAAAGUGAUGAUCCACAUGUCACCGUUAUCAAAAGCCUGUGUAUGACUUGUGAAGAAAUGGGUACAACUCGUUUGCUUAUGACUCGUAUUCCUCACUACAAGGAAGUAAUUCUUACAUCUUUUGAUUGUGAUCACUGUGGCAGCAAGAACACUGGUUUCCAGUUAGGGCAGGUGCAGGAUCAAGGUGUGCGCUUUGAAGUCUCCAUCCAAAAUCAAAAUGAUCUGAGCCGUCAGGUGGUAAGAUCAGACCAUGCCACUGUCUCUGUGCCAGAAGUGCAACUAGAAAUACCAGGAAAUGUAGAGAAAGGAGAGGUGACUACUGUUGAGGGGAUUUUGAAACGUAUAGUAGAAGGCUUGAACCAGGACCAGGCAACCAGAAGAUUAGAGCAGCCAGAGGUAGCUGAACAGAUAGAGGAUUUCAUUGACAAAAUACUAGGUCUGUUGACCCUCAAUGAAAAUUUCACCUUGAUUGUUGAUGAUCCAGCAGGAAACAGUUUUGUGGAGAACCUUUGUGCACCACAGGUUGACCCACAGCUGAAGAAGAAGGUAUACAAGAGGAGCCCUGAACAAAAUGCUGAAUUGGGAGUUUCAGAACAGGAGGAUUUAGAGAAUGAGUUGAAUUCUCUAAGUGAAGAGACUGAGAAAAAAGAUGAAGACAGCAUUGAAAAAACGAUAGGGAAGAAAACCAGCGAGAACAAGGAAGGGGUGCCUGAGAAUGUGCAAGAUGAGGUUCUCGUAUUUUCCACACUGUGUGACAGAUGUUCAAGACCAACAGAGACCAAUAUGAAAAUUAUAAAAAUACCAUACUUUAAGGAAGUGAUCAUUAUGGCAAUGCAUUGUGAAGCCUGUGGCCACCGGACCAAUGAAGUGAAGAGUGGGACUGGAGUCUCAGACAUGGGGAAGCGGAUCACUCUGAGACUUACAGAUCCCAGUGACCUGGCUCGUGACAUACUUAAGAGUGAAACGUGUGAACUGAAGAUCCCAGACUUGGACCUUCAUGUUGGUGGGGGAUUAAUAGGAGGAAAGUUUACCACACUGGAGGGACUCUUAAAUGACAUUCAUGAGGACUUGAAAACUAAUCCAUUUCUUAUGGGGGACUCCACUGAGGGUGAUCGUAAGGGAUUGAUUUACAAACUUCUGGAAGACUUGGAGAUGGUAAUCGGGGGAAGUCUUCAGGUUACGUUUAUCAUGGAUGACCCUGCAGGAAAUAGCUACCUCCAGAAUAUUUAUGCCCCAGAUGAUGACCCGGAAAUGACAGUUGAGGAGUAUGAACGCACAUUUGAACAGAAUGAAGAUCUUGGGUUAAAUGACAUGAAGACUGAGAAUUACACAGAUGACUCCACUGCUAAUGACAUCUCUGAACUGUCAUGAUCUUUGUAAAUGUGUAUUAUUCUUAUUCUUUAAUAGUCCUUGGAAUUUCAUAAUCUAAACCUGUGUAAAAGGACUCACGCUUAUGUUUGGUGAAGCCCUGUGAGUUAUGAUCCAGGGAAGUUCUGACCUAAUAGCAACUGGGGCAAUGAUCUGAAGGCUUAUCCUUCUCUUCUCGAAACAGCUUUAGCCCUUAAGGAGCAGUAAGAGUGAAAUAACAGUUCUAGGAACAAACUGAUUUGAUAUGGCACAGCACUUGCAUGAUCUGUUCAACAUCAGCUGAACUAGACCCAAGAUAACAAAACAGCUUCACUUCCCUUGUGGCCACCACUGAAAAAAAACUGUUCUCUUUGUUCAGAAAAAUUACUUCUGGACAUUUAGUGCACCUUGGGCUUUAUUGGGUGAGGAUACACAGUUCUAGAUGUUGUUUUUAGAUGAGAGUGAAUCUUAACUUCCAUUUUGCAACAUUUUGCAGGUGUUACAUGUGUUUACAACCUUAACAGGUGGAGUAGGUGUGACAAUGAGGAUAUCUUCUACUAAUCUCAGCAUGGUGCAGAUUAUAUUCAUGAACCACCAUUCCUAGUACAGUGCUGCUUGUAUUUAAUCAGUUUUGAUACAUUGUGUCUCAGGCUUGAGGUUAUCCUCUCUGUGCCCUGAAAUGGAAUUAUCAAGUGGUCUGGAGUGUGUGGUGGGAUAUGCAACCAUCUAGCUGGGUAAUUUGUGAUUGUAAUUGGGGAGUUAGUCAAGCCUGUAAGUAGAGUCCUCUUCUGCUGUAUGGAAAAAGGGAUUGCUUGGCAACUGGCUACUGCACAUUAGUUUGUAUAAGGGGUACAUGAGAAAACCAUUUUCCCUUAAUCUAGGCUAACUCCACCCCUCCCCCCUCCCCCCUCCCCCACCCUGCAAUCUUGGUUAUCACUGAGCUGGAGUUUAAUGGGAAGGAGGGUAAGCUUUGAAUUAUUUCCCCAGCCAAUGUUAGGUCAUGCCUUCCUUAGUUCCUUAGCCUUACGAGUAUUUAUGAGUCCCUUUAUUCAGACUCGGUCAUAAGUUGGGAUUUCCAAGAUCAAUCCAACACUUGUAAGGCAUGAUAAUAUUGGCAGGUGUGUGUUUGAGGGUGCAAAAUAUAAGGUUUCAGACAGAUUGUUUAAAAGAUUUGAAGAUGCUUCUGUAUUUGUAGGUGUACAGUAAUUAUUUAGUGAUCAAGAUGAUAACCAUCUAUUUUCUUUCAUAGUGCUGUGAGUGAACUACAAAAUGAAAAUGGUUGUACAGUAAUCUACUGUAACAAAUAUACUGUUCCAUUUUCCUUAAAUGUUCAUUGCAAACUUGUUUGAGAAAAAUUGAAAGCAAUGUAUGAACUCAUAGAAUUUUUUUUUUGUGAUGGUGAGAACAAACUAAAUAUCCAGUAUUUGAAUACAGUAUUACAGUAGUAAGACAUGAGAAUUAUUAAAAUCUAAUUCUCUUCACAUGUAAUAAACUACGGUAUCAUUACUGUUCAGUAAAUCCUCAUUUUUUGUGCGAUUGUGUUUUUAAAGAGGUCAUCUUGUUAUCACAAAGCCAUAGUAAUGGAUAAAUGAGGGUUAAGAUCUAGGACCCACCAGGACCAUCCAUGACUGUAAAUUUAACGUCCCAUAUAAAGUAUUACAGCUCUUAACGUAAUGUCAGUUGUAAUUUAAAAUGCAAAAUUAAACAUAAAAAUGCUUUAGUAGUUCAUAGAUAAAUAAUAUAUCAAUGUUUUUGAUGACACAUGCUGCUGAUACUUGUAUACAGAAUGGUGUCCUACUACUACACAUUCUAUGCUGAUCCCCACACUUUUUCAUGUUUGUUCUGUAUAAUUGUGUAUAAACACAUAAAUGAAAGACUAGUGUUUAAUGCAUGCACAAAAUAGAUGUUCAUCCAACAUCCUCCAAGGCAGAGGUGUAAUUUCCAAUCUCACAUGGCUUCAUUCUUUGUGUAGGAAAAGGAGAAGAUUGAGAGUUGCUUCUUCUCCUCAAAGUUCGAAAUUGGCAAUCUCCUCAGCUUUCCCUCCUUUAGAUGAGGAAGAUGAAUGAUGGAGGGAAUGGGAGUGAAGUCUGAGUGGACCUACAGUUAUGUCAGAUCAGAUAUGAGUGGAAAAUGUAGGACAACUUGAGCAAUGAGCCAACUGGUGGUCAGGUUAUGGUUGCGACCUAGCUUGGGUUUAGUAACCGGGGCACAUUUUAUCUAAAACAAAAGUGAUGUAACUUUUGCAUGUGGGAAAAGGGGGAUCUGGGUCACUCGUAUUACCGAAAAAUCCGAAUUACGUACAAUAACCAUGUUUGGAAAUGUUGACUUUAUUUGACAAUUUCCAAAUUUUUUAGUUUUACGUAUAGCUCAUUUGUUUUCUGUUGUUUUUGCACCUUAUUUGGAUCGUUCUGAAGAUUGUUCCUCAUUAUUCCAACCAGCAAACAUAUUCAGUUACCAUGGCACUUAAAAUAUUCUAUUUAUAAUUACUGGGUAAUUAUUAAUGACUGACCUGCGGCCGAUUUUUAAUUGAAAGCGAUUAUAAAAAUGCCGCAAUUUCACUGUGUUGGAUAGUGGACAUUGUUAUAGUUUGUGCAAACGUGUUAAAAAGUGGUUUCUUCUAAAUUAAACUUAACCCAACCUUAGUUGAUAUGGAAAACAAGCAGCAGAAGUGUUGUUUGAAGAACUAGCCAACCUUACCAAACAAACCCCCCUAAACUUUCCUAACUUCCUAGCCGGGGGCUCCGUCCUCCGGUAUAUUAAAUAGAAAUAACUUACUAUGAUAUGGUAUAACUUUACGUUUUUUUGUGGAUGUGAGAGCAGCCGUCCAUACCGAACAGUUCUUAAGCAUUCACUGAGCAUCGGCAUUGAUCAAGCCUGUCACUAUGAUUGGCUGUUACAUCCUGGGUUGAGACGUUACCGCCGAAAAGACAAAGUAGUGCCUAAUUAUCUAUCAAGCAAAGCAUUUGCACAAGAAAUGAUUAUCAUAUCAGAACUCACUGAUGAAAAUAAAGUAAGAAAGUAAACAGUAAAACAACUCAUCCACGGGUCAGUCGUCGAUAUUAACCAAUUACUGUACUCUGUAAACAUAAAUAUGUGUAAAAUGUACAUACAGUAAUAAUAGAGUGAUAAAUAAAUGUAACUUACAUUGUGAGUUCACACUAUGUAGAUAUUAUGAAAGUGUAAUGGUCACACUGGUAAAUGAUGGGAAAUCCACAUUUAGAGAAAUAAAAGAUGAAAUCUU